GGUCUAUCCUGGUCUGUCCCGAGUUGUCCCCGGGCUAUCCCGGGAUGUUCCUGGUCUGUCCCAGGCUGUCCUGGGCUAUCCCGGAAUGUCCCUGCUCUAUCCCGGUCUGGCCCUGGUCUGGCCUGGUCUAUCCUGGUCUGUCCCGAGUUGUCCCUGGGCUAUCCUGGUCCAUCCCUGCUCUGUCCCAGGCUGUCCCAGAUCUAUCCCGGUCCAUCCUGGGCUAUCCUCGGGCUAUCCUGGGCUAUCUUUGGGCUAUCCCAGGCUGUCCUGGUCUGUCCCGGGUUAUCCCUGGGCUAUCACAGGCUGUCCCCGGGUUAUCCCGGAAUGUCCCUGCUCUAUCCCGGUCCGGCCCGGUCCAUCCCUGCUCUGUCCUGGGAUGUUCCCGGUCUGUCCUGGUCCAUCCUGGAUCUAUCCCGGAUCUAUCCUGGUCUGUCCCGGUCUGUCCUGGUUCUGUCCCCGGGCUAUCCUGGUCCAUCCCUGCUCUGUCCCGGGAUAUCCCUGGGUUAUCCUGGAAUGUCCCUGGUCUGUCCCAGUCUGUCCCUGGGCUAUCCCGGGCUGUCCCCAGUCUGGCCCGGUCUAUCCUGGUCUGUCCCGGGCUAUCCCAGAAUGUCUCUGGGCUAUCACAGGCUGUCCUGGUCUGUCCUGGGUCGUCCCUGGGCUAUCCUGGAAUGUCCUGGGCUAUCCCAGGCUGUCCCCAGUCUAUCCUGGGAUGUCCCUGGACCAUCCUGGGCUGUCCCCAGUCUGGCCUGGUCUAUCCUGGUCUGUCCUAGAGAUGUCCCUGGGCUAUCCUGGGUUAUCCUGGAAUGUCCCUAGUCUGUCCUGGGAUGUCCCCAGUCUAUCGCGGGUUGUCUCCGGUCUGUCCUGGUCCAUCCUGGUCUGUCCCGGGCUAUCCUCGGGCUAUCCCGGGCUGUCCCUGGGCUAUCAUGAGAUGUUCCCAGUCUGUCCUGGGUUGUCCCUGGGCUAUCCCGGUCCAUCCCUGCUCUGUCCCGGUCUAUCCCGGAUCUAUCCCGGUCCGUCCCGCUCUCUCCCGCUCUGUCCCGGUUUAUCCCGGAUCUAACCUGCUCUGUCCCGGUUUAUCCCGGAUCUAACCUGCUCUGUCCCGGUUUAUCCCGGAUCUAACCUGCUCUGUCCCGGUUUAUCCCGCUCUGUCCCGGUUUAUCCCAGAUCUAACCUGCUCUGUCCCGGUUUAUCCCGCUCUGUCCCGGGUUGUCCCGCUCUGUCCCCGCUCUG